GUGGAGGUGAUCAAGAGCGCAACUGGAUCAACAGGUCGGGCAAGCCUUCUGAGCCAGAAGAACACUCAGAUGAAAACCAUUCAAAUGAACUGAAUCAUUAGGAGUUGCACCUGCUACAAUCUUCAAGCAUUACUGCAGGACACAGUGAAUAUUGGAGCCCGGACUCAUUGUCCGCUGUACGAGAGACAAUCUACUUAGAUUAAAAUGAAGAACGGGUUUCAAGGUUAUAAUUGCACUCACACAUAACUGGAUAAGGAGAAAGAUUGUUUGGCAAAAAUUGGGUUUGAUUCUGGCAGGUACACGCCCCUGUAAAACAAAAAGUGCAUAGUAACCUUUCAAAACUUGGGUGGUUCCAUUAAUCAAAACUGAGGUGCUUCAGGGAUCACGUUGUCAACUUGUGCAGCGAGUCCUAAUACAGCAUUGUUCACCUACCAAAGAUGCACUUCCUGUACUGUAAUUAACAACAGAAACCUUCUGUUCUGAAGGUGAAUUGUGGACGGAGUGAGUAAAGAUAUCUACAGUUUCUACCACUCAGUGGUCUGCUCCUUUGGCUAUAAAAGAAGAAAACUCAUAAAUUGAGAUGACGCCUUCUUAGAACGCUUUGGUAGAGCUGAUCAAAUCACACUGAAAACUGAAACUGAGCCUUGUAAGAUUGGGUCACGUGAGCAACGUUUGAAGCAAGUUCUCCGCAGCGAGCUAUGAAGAGACUACACAAAGGCUACCUCGUCGCUCCUCUUCUCGUAAUCUGCAUUGUAUUAUACUUGCAAAAUGACUUCAAUCACUAUUUCCAACAAAGAUACCCUUUGAAAGAUAAAUACGAUGUGGAUUUUGAUAAUUCAAGUUUAAUCCCAGAUCCUGGGAUCAUGUUUGUGCAGACUACAAAUGAGAUGGAGCCGACACCACUGGCUCUAUGUGCCGUGGAAUCAGCUGCUCGGGAGAAUCCAGAUAAACCUGUUUAUUACUUUAUGAAGGGACUCAGCGGGAAUUUAUCACAAUAUCCAUUCCCUCAGUAUUUUGCUGCUCCCAUGCUUUCAUCAAUCAAGAACGUUGUAUUGGUUCCCUUGAAGCUCAAGGCAUUGUUUCAAAAUACCCCUUUGAGUUUCUGGUAUCAACAGGUAAAUUCAUCCCGGGAACAAUACUGGAUUCAUGUGCUCUCUGACGCCUGCAGGAUAGCACUUCUGUGGAAAUACGGUGGCAUCUACCUGGAUACAGAUAUUAUUUCCCUGAAGCCUUUGAAUUUCACAAACUUUAUCUGCUCACAAGGAAACAGUAUUGCCAAUAAUGCAGCCCUCGGUUUUCAGAAUCAGCAUCAAUUCAUGUGGGACUGCAUGGAAGACUUUGUCACCAACUACAAUGGGCAGAUCUGGGGUCAACAAGGUCCGGGACUGAUCAGUCGUGUGUUGAAACAAUGGUGUCAGUCUGAUAACCUUGACAAACUUCUUGACUUGCAAUGCAAUGGCAUUUCUUUCUUGUCUCCCAGAUACUUUUAUCCAAUUGCAUUCGCUGAGUGGCAGAGGUUCUUUCAGCCCUGGAAUAAGAACGAUAUUGAAUCCUUUUUCCCAGAUACAAAAGGGGUGCACAUCUGGAACUUCAUGAACAAGGGACAACAAAAACGAGUGGUUGCUGGAAGUGGGACAUUAAUAGAGCGUUUGUUUUUAAAGUAUUGUCCGACUACUUAUAAGGUUUUUGUAAAAUGUAGCAGCUUUAUAUAGUAAAUUUUGCACACGGAAGAGGUAAAUACGCGUUAUUGCAGCAUCAGCCUCCAACCAUAAUAUUCUUGUGUUGUAUGACACUGUGGAGGAUAAUGACAUACGGUAUACCUUGUAUCUUAUAUAUAAUGGACAACUGGGAGAUCAAUAAUAAUAAUAAUAAUUAUUCUUACAUUUAAUCUGGGCCUUUUCAUGUCUUCAAGAUGUUCCAAAGAACAUCACAGGAUAGACUGUAAAAUGGUGUGGAGGUGUGUCUUUUGUGGGGGAAUGUAAUGGUUUAUGAUUGCUUGUGAAACUUUGCCGUUGCAAAACAGCUGCCGUGUUUGAUUUGAAUAAAUAAUCACUAAAUUUGAGUUAUUGAGA